CAGCCGCAGCUGCUUAUUUGUGUUUUGUGCAUACUCUCGUUGACAGCCUCUUUAUACUCUAUACGCUUGCCAAAAUAACCAACCAAAUUGCAUUUACAAAUCGAACUUAAAAUGAGCUCCAGCAGCAGCGAAAGCGAUAUAAAGAACAAACACAACGAUGGCGCUUCCUCGUCCGAAAGCGAGACUGUGACGGCUCCGGCGCCAAUCGCAUCAUUCAGAGAUAUCGGUGUGAUGGAGCAGCUGUGCGAAGCCUGUGAAAAGCUCGGGUUCACCGCGCCUACUGAGAUCCAGCGCGAGUCGAUCCCCUGGGCGCUCCAGGGGCGGGACAUCAUUGGUCUUGCGCAGACCGGUUCCGGAAAAACGGCUGCAUUUGCGCUGCCCAUCCUGCAAGAGCUGUGGAAGAACCCGUCGCCCCUGUUUGCCUGCGUGAUGGCGCCGACACGCGAGCUGGCGUACCAGAUUGCGGAGACAUUUGAGGCGCUGGGAGCGGGCAUUGGAGCCCGGUGCACAGUCAUUGUGGGUGGCAUGGACUUGAUUUCGCAGCAGAUCGCCCUUUCAAAGAAACCGCACGUUAUUGUCUGCACGCCAGGCCGGUUGCAGGAUCACUUGGAGAACACAAAGGGCUUUUCGCUGCGCACGGUAAAGUACUUGGUGAUGGACGAAGCCGAUCGUUUGCUGGACAUGGACUUUGGCCCGAAGAUCGACCAGAUUCUCAAGGUCAUUCCGCGCGAGCGCAAUACCUUUUUGUUCUCAGCCACCAUGACAACAAAGGUGGCCAAGCUGCAGCGCGCUUCCUUGUCCGACCCAGUGAAGAUCGAGGUGUCGACAAAGUACUCGACUGUAGACAAGCUCUUGCAGUACUACAUGUUCUUCCCGUUCAAGCGCAAGGACUGCUAUCUGGUGUGGCUGCUGAAUGAGAUGGCCGGGCAGUCGGCCAUCGUGUUUGCUCGCACAUGUAACGAGGUCCUGCGUAUCGGUCUGCUGCUGCGCAACCUGGGAAUCGAGGCCAUCCCCCUGCACGGCCAGCUCAGCAUGGACAAGCGCCUCGGUGCACUGAAUAAGUUCAAGUCAGGCGCGCGCAACGUUCUGGUAGCCACAGAUGUUGCAUCUCGCGGCCUGGAUAUCCCGGCUGUCGACCUGGUCGUCAACUUUGAUAUCCCGUCGUUCUCCAAAGAUUAUAUCCACCGCGUCGGACGUACUGCGCGUGCGGGACGCUCCGGUCGCGCAGUCUCGUUUGUCACGCAGUAUGAUGUCGAGCUUUUGCAGCGUAUUGAGCAGGUCAUCGGCAAGAAGCUUGAUGUGUUCCCUGGCGAGAAGGACGCGGUCCUGUUGCUCCAGGAACGGGUGAGCGAGGCCCAGCGCAUGGCUAUGCUUGACUUGAAGGACAUUCAGUCUAAGCAAAAGAACGGAAAGAAGCGUGGAAGAAGUGAUGGCGACGAUAGGCAGAUUUCUCUUAGCGAGGCAAAGAAGAUGAGCAAGACUGGUAACAAAAACAAGAAGGGUGGUAGCCGGCGGUAAACCCCUUAGUCAUUUUCUUUAAUCAUUUCGCAAAAAAAUUUUAAUAAUGACCACGAUUUUUUUUAUAAAAAAA